AAUUUUACUUGUAGAGUUUUCCUGAUUAAUGUGGCUUUUAUAGGACUUCAUCAUAUUUAGAUACAUUUCUGGAUCCUGCCUUCAUGUCUUUGAUUAAAGACCCUGAUGAAAGACGUCUAGAGCAAUGGGAGAAAACUGUUCAAGCACAAAGAGGCUGGAAUUUUGCUAAAUUGCUUGGAUUUGGUGACUUAGGUGGACCUCCAUUGUCUGCUGCUGAAGAAUAUUCUCUUCACUCUAGAUAUCUUUCUAAAGCAAAAUCCUUAAAUUUGUCUGAAAUUGCAGAGAUGAAAAUUGUCUAUCGCGGAGGGGUAGACAGUGAGGGUCGUCCAGUCAUGGUGGUUGUGGGGGCUCACUUUUUGCUUAGAUGUCUUGAUCUGGAGCGAUUUGUGCUUUACGUGGUGAAGGUGAUUCAGUUCUACCCUUCAGCUCGACAUAUUUUACUGCUAACAA